AUGGGUUUUCUCCUCAUGAAACGGUCUCCUCAUCCGUUGUCUUCCAAUUUCACUCGGUCACGUUUGCUAUCAGUGGCUUUGUUCUACUACUGCUGUCUGUUCCUGUUAAUGUUUUCCAACUCAGGUGAGGCUCGGGUGAAGCUACCGAAAAAUGCAACAGUAACAGCUGUUUUCGCUUUUGGAGACUCCAUAGUUGAUCAGGGUAACAACAACAAUCUUUCCUCACUGGUAAAGUGCAACUUUCAUCCUUAUGGAAAGGACUUUGCUGGCGGUGUUCCAACGGGAAGGUUUAGCAAUGCUAAGACACCUCCGGACAUAAUUGCUGAAGAACUAGGAGUUAAAGAUAUCGUGCCAGCUUAUCUUGACCCGCACUUGCAACCCAAUGAUCUCCAAACUGGUGUAAGUUUUGCUUCAGGAGGCUCCGGAUAUGAUCCCCAGACUCCUCAAUUAGUGUCGGUGAUAUCGCUACAGCAGCAAUUAGAAUACUUCAAGGAAUACAUUGGCAAGCUCAAACGUCUCGUCGGAGGAGAAAAAGCCAGCUACAUUCUAGCAAACGCCAUGUUCUUGAUAGUAGCAGGCAGUGAUGACAUUGCCAACACGUACUUCACCUUUGGGGUUCGGAAAGCACAGUACGAUGUUAAUUCUUACGCUGAUCUUAUGGUAUCCUCAGCUUCCAGUUUUAUACAGGAUUUGCAUAAACUUGGCGCAAGCAAAAUUGCUGUUUUUAGUGUCCCACCGAUAGGAUGUGUGCCAUCUCAGAGAACCCUAGCGGGAGGUUCUUUAAGAGUUUGUGCUCCCAGCCAAAACCAAGCAGCCCAAUUGGUCAAUGGGAAGCUUUCAGCUGAGAUUAGUUCUCUCAGCAGAAAUUAUCCUCAGGGAAAGAUUGUUUACAUUGAAGUUUUUCAACCUCUACUUGAUAUCAUCCAGAAUCCAGGAAAUUAUGGUUUUGAAGUUGUGGAUUAUGGGUGCUGCGGUACGGGGCAAGUAGAGGUAGCGAUUUUAUGCAACGAAUACACCAAGACGUGUGAAGAUGACUCUAAGUAUCUGUUUUGGGAUAGUUACCAUCCCACAGAGCAAGGAUACAGGAUGCUGGUCAAACAGAUUCUCGAAAAUUAUCUUAAUGACUUCUUCUAAAUCCGUUCAAGUUCAAGAUUUUUCCCUAAUAU